AUGACGCUGUGCUUCAGGGCUGGUUCUGAGGAGGGCUCCAGGGGCUACUUUGUUGGGGCCAGGCGUAUUGAGGUUCACAGGUGCAGUCCGGGCAGGCACCUGCAGCGGCGGCCCGCACUUUCCAACACUGCUGAUGGGGCACCAGGAGUCUGGAGAAUCUCGGCUUGGGCAAAUUUCCGAUUGCCGGCGGCUCUUGAUGAACAGGACGUAUCAAUGGAAGAUUCGACGCAAAUCCCGGCCGGCACGCCGCAUGCAAACGAUGGUGACGGCCCGGUUCCAACCCUCAUGGUCAUUGCUGCCCAGGGAGACCUCUGUCUCCGCGUCACGUUCAUCUCAUCUCCCAAGACCCUGAAGCCCCCCAAAAAGGAAGCCCGCCCGCGCCCCAGCCUGCCCAGGACGUCCGCCGGCGCAGGCAGCCCAGCGGGGCCACAGGCACAGCCGCCGCCGCCGCCGCCGCCACCGCCGCUCACCCCACUCCAGUCGCCGCGCGAGACGCAUUGGUACCGCGUCGAGCUGGCCGCGCUGACGCGGCAGUCCGAGUACUUCCGCGUCCUGCUGGGCGCCGACUCGCGCUUCGGCGAGGCUCGCGCCGUGGCGGCCGUCCUGGAAGCCCUGGACCUCGACGGCGUGGACCCGCGCGACGUCGAGGACGCGGCGCGGCUGCCGGCCGUCGACGUCACCGACGACGACGAGGCGACGAGGUCGCCGCUGCGCCACCACGCCCUCGCGGACCUGCUGCGCAUCCUGCACGGCGCCCCGCCCGCGGUCCGCCACCCGGCCGUGCUGACCAUGCGCCACGUCGCGGCGCUCGCGGUGCUGGCGGACCGCUUCGGCUGCGCCCAGCCCGUCUCGCGCAGCCUGUCGGCCGAGCUGCGGUUCAAGUGGCCCGCCACGAGGCUGAAGGCCGCCGCCGACGGUAGUGGGGACGUGAGCGGCGGCGUCGGUGGCCCCCGGCUGGAUAGCGAGGAGGUGCUGCGCCAGAGGGUGCUGGUCGCGUGGCUGCUGGACCAGCCGCUCAAGCUGCACGCAUCCACGCGCGACUUGACCAUCCACGGCUCGAGGCGGUGGACGCAGGUCGCGGACCAGGACGAGGCCGAGGGCCGUGUGGGUGACCUGGCAUCCUGGUGGGAUUUGCAAGACGACCUUGAGGUUGAGCUUCGGUAUCGUCGGGAAUGCAUCCUCAACACCAUCGCCUCGGUCCAGCAUCACUUCAUUUCCCUCUACUCAUCCCGCACCCAAAUGUGUAAGCUGGGCUACGACUCGAGUUCCGCCUGCGAUUCGUUCCAGCUAGGACAGAUGAUCAAGUUCUUGUCUAGCAAAAAGCUCUUAUUCCUGGUCGACUUCUCGUCGACGUCGUUUGAGCGAGUGGCAGAGUUUGGGACCACUGAUAUCAACCACAUCAUUUCGCUUCUUUCACAAGUGCCAAGCUAUCAGGUUGACCGCCAUCACACCAACUGCGGUCUGAGAACCAAGAUCUUGCCCAUCUUGGAGUACAUAAAAGCCAUGAUUUCCUCCAAUGUGCUGUCCAUACCCAGGCGUGAAUGGAAGAAUGCCCGUGCGACACAGUCGUGGAUGCAAUCCGGAGACGACGAGAAGCAGGAGAGGCAGCCGUUCCGCUUCGGGAGGUCCGCCGCCAGCGACGACCGUCUUCGGUACGAGGGUGCCAUGGCCACCGACAGGAUGGCGCGGCAACUCUUUACGGCCAAGAGCUGGGACUGGUCGCCCGAGGACCGGAUCCAGCCCUAGGCUUUUUGGGUGUACCUACUUAUAGGCACACUCGCCGACUAGACUCGCAUACACCCCACCCAUUCUCCAGAGACGCACCCAGCAUCACGCUCGUGCGCCGUAGUGAAAUAAACUACCCGGGCAGUUGCCUGCCGCCAUGGGCCGUUUGGAGCAUCGACAGCGAGCGCAUACAUCACUCAAUGAUGAAGAUAGGGAGAGCAGGUGCCAUGAUUUAAUUCGUCUAGAACAAAGCAGGCAAGCUUGACCUCGGGCUUUCGUAUAGAGGAGCUUCUAGAUAUGAACGGUAUCAGCUGCCGUCCCAGAAUUGUUCUUAUUGCCACUUGGCCACUGGUCGAGGCAGACGGCAGGCACCUAGAGGUAAAUGGUAGGUAGUCGUGCGCCACAAGCAGCCCUCAUCCACGAUACAACACAGCCACCAGCUCAUCGCUGUCCACCGGAGCCGCGGAGCCACAAGGCAGCACAGCCCCGCC